AUGUAUAUGCAUAUAAAUGAAAUGGAUUUAAUAUUGCCAUCUACUAAAACAGAUGGAGCUUUAUGGUUAGGUAAUAUAAAGGCUGCUUAAAAUAUUUUAAAUCUGAGUAAAGAAAACAUUUGUACUGUAAUUACUGUAGCAAGCAAUAUUAAUGUAAACUAUCCAAAACAUUAAAAAAUUAUUCAUAAAGUAUAUUGAUCAAUAACAAAAGGUUUUUAGAGUUCAUGAUAAAGAAAAUGUUAGUAUUUAAGAACUAAUAGAAAUGACAAAUGAAGAAAUUGAAGAAGCAAUGAAAAUUGGAUCUGUUUUAGUACAUUGUAUGGCAGGUAUUUCCAGAUCAGCUACUUGUGUAAUUGCUUAUUUAAUGUAUCAAAAUAAAUGGACAUUUGAGAAAACACUUAAAUUUGUUAAAUCUAAAAGACCCUGUGUUAAUCCAAAUGAAGGAUUUAAAAAUUAACUGAUUACAUAUUCGAAUGAAAUUUAAAAGAAAUUUUUACCUAAAUAAACUUAAUAAAUUGAAAAUCCAUUAGCAAAAUUAAGAAGAAAAUUACAUUAAUCACCAGAAGAAUUGAUAUAAAAUACUUAAUUAGCAAGAUCUCCUAAACAUUAAAUUAAGGUAUUGACUAAAUAAUCUACUGAAGAAGAAAAACAACAAUAUAGAUAAUAAUUAACUUAAAAAUUAUUUAUAAAUACAUUUUCUACAACUGAUAGAAGUCGAUAAUAGUUAAAAACAAUGCAUAUUAAUAAAUCAUCUAAUAUUAAAGGAUGUAUUAGUAUGUACAAAUAAGUUGAAGAAUAAUAAAAUAUUAUUGGAUUCUUAUCCGACCGAUUAAAUUGA